GAGGCACCCGUAUAGCUGUCUGAAAUACCUUGAGCCUUCAGUCCAGGGCAGUGAUAUAACAGGUUUCUGUGCUCUUUAGCUUCACAGACAGUCCAACAGGAUAGCCAUGAGUGUGAGCAGCGUACUUAUGAGUGGCCCCACCACUUUCAUGAAGAGGUCAUCAGUCCCCAAAGCCUAUAGUGUUCAUGGGGGAAUGGGGAGUGCUAGAACUCGUAUCUCUUCCUCAGGUCUCAGUGUCUCCUCCGGCUAUGGUGGUGGCUAUGGGGCUGGCUAUGGGAGCAGCUAUGGUGGGGGCUACAUCCUGAAAAAUGCGAUGGAUUUCAACACACUCCACCUGAAUGAAAAGGCCACCAUGCAGAACCUAAAUGACCGGCUAGCCAGCUACCUCGAAAAGGUGCGCUCUCUGGAGGCAGCCAACUCCAAGCUGGAGCUCCAGAUCCGAGAAUUUUAUGAGAAGAAGGGCCCGGCUGCUUCACGUGACUACAGUGCAUACUGGGACACCAUCAAUGACCUGAAGAAGAAGAUCAAUGCUGCCACUAUCAACAAUACCAAUAUCCUGCUCCAGAUUGACAACGCUAAACUAGCAGCAGAUGACUUCAAGACCAAGUAUGAUCAUGAGCUGAUGAUGCACCAGUCAGUAGAGGCUGAUAUAGCCAACCUUCGUCGCCUUCUGGAUCAGACCACACUGACUAAGACAGACUUGGAGAUGCAGAUUGAGGGGCUGCAAGAUGAGCUUGCUUUCUUGAAGAAGAACCAUGAGGAGGAGUUGGCAGCCCUGCGCUUACAGUUGACAGGGACAGUCAACGUGGAAGUGGACGCUGCACCUCAACAGGACCUUAACAAAGUUCUGGAGGAGAUCCGGUCCCAAUAUGAAGCCAUCACGGAAAAGCAUCGCCGUGACCAAGAGACCUGGUUCAAUGACAAGACAGCAGCCCUGAACAAGGAGGUUGCCAUUAGCACAGAGACCAUCCAGACCACCAAGACAGAAAUCACAGACCUGAGGCGAACCCUGCAGGGAUUGGAAAUUGAGCUGCAGUCUCAGCUUAGCAUGAAAGCUGCUUUAGAGAAAACACUGGCAGACACAGAGGGACGCUUCAGUGCUAUGCUGGCUGGCUACCAAAACCAGAUCAACAUGUUAGAGGCAGAACUGGCACAAGUGAGGGCCAGUACAGCACAGCAGGGCCGGGAAUACCAGAUGCUGCUGGACAUUAAGAGCCGACUGGAGCAGGAGAUUGCCACCUACCGUAGCCUUCUGGAGAAGGAGGAGAACAGGACUCCAGGCACAGGUGGAACAACCACAGUCACCACAAAAACUGUUCGUUCUAUCAACUAGAGGCUAAGCACCUCUUCUAUAGAAAAUCGAUGAUUGUUUCAGAAGUACAUCUCUGCUCAUUCUGCCGAUCAUCUUCACAGAGAUAGCAGUCACACUGUGGCCUCUACGUGUUUGCUUAAUAUUGCAAAUAAUAUAGUGCAUCUCCUCUGCAAAGCCUUAAUACCCCAGAGUUUAUAUGAAAUGUGUGUCAAUAAGAGGAAAUUUUGUCUAUUGGCUGUUGCCAUAUUAGUCAAUUAUUGAUGAGAUUACUACAUGUGCCAAUAGGCUUUCUUCUGGGCUUUAAAGCCGUAAGCAGAAAUUAUGAUAGAAAUUAUAUAAAAAUGCAUCAUGUCAUCAUUUCAUUUAAUAAACUUAAAAUUAAAAGAUUAACCCGGCUGCUUUGAUCUCACAGUACUGCAAUGCUUACAUUUCUAAAAAUAAAUCUGUGACAAACUCCAAA